AAUUUAGUCCAGCUGACGAGGAUGGAAUAUGCCAUGAAGUCCCUCAGCCUUCUCUACCCCAAGUCCAAGUCCAGGCAUGUGGCAGUGAGCACCUCAGUGGUGACCCAGCAGCUGCUGUCGGAGCCCAGCCGGGAAGCCCCCAGGGCCCGGCCCUACCGAGUAAGCACCGCGGACCGGAGCGAGCGCAAGGGCGUCAUGGCGCACAGUCUCGAGGACCUCCUCCACAAGGUCCGGGACACCCUGAUGCUGGCAGACAAGCCCUUCAUCCUGGUGCUGGAGGAAGAUGGCACAACCGUAGAGACAGAAGACUAUUUCCAGGCUUUGGCAGGGAAUACAGUGUUCAUGGUCCUCCAGAAGGGGCAGAAAUGGCAGCCCGCAUCAGAACAGGGAUCGAGGUACCAACCCUCCCUCUCCCAUAAGCCUGCCAAGAAGAUUGAUGUGGCCCGCAUAACCUUUGACCUGUACAAGCUGAACCCGCAGGACUUCAUCGGCUGCCUGAACGUGAAGGCGACUCUCUAUGAUACAUACUCCCUUUCUUAUGAUCUGCACUGCUGUGGGGCCAAGCGCAUCGUGAAGGAAGCUCUCCGGUGGGCCCUCUUCAGCAUGCAGGCCACAGGCCAUGUGCUCCUCGGCACCUCCUGCUACAUGCGGCAGCUCCUUGACGCCACAGAGGGAGAGCAGCCCCCCAAGGGCAGGGCCUCAUCCCUCAUCCCGACCCGUCUGAAGAUACUGCAAUGAAAGCCCAAGUCCCUGGAGGCCUUCCCCAGCCAAGGACUAGACUGGGGUCCCCACGCUCAACUGGUAGCACCCGCAAGCCUGGCAGCUUAACACGCCUCCCUCCCUGCACAAGCCCAUGAGUGAGGAAGCAGGAGGAAGGCCUGGAAACCUCAGCUGAACUGGCCAAAGGAGAACUUUGUGUUCCUGGCCUGGCCCAGCUCCUUCUUGCCCAAUGCAGCUUGGCUGACCGCGACUGGUCAGCCUACGUAUCCAGUAGGCUACGGCAUGAAAUCUGCCCCUUAGCAAUCAGUCCUCACAGGUUACACUCACGACACUCCCUAUCUCCUGGCUCCUCCAUCCCAGAAUCCUCUGGAGUGAAUUGUCAGGCUCACCAGUGUAUGCUAUUAGA